AUGAAUGAAGAAAUGGACAAUGAUACGCGGGGCUGGGUUAUGUGCAUAGUGAGCGGCAUUGCUUGUGUCGUGGGAGCCAGCAUCAUAUGCAUCGACGUACUAGUACGCUGGAUACCAAGCAAACGCCAUUUCAGGAUACAAGAUAGUGGAGCGUUCCUCGCGUCUUCGCUGAGCUUGAGUUUUGGGGUCAUGAUCUUCUCUGCGCUCUAUAGCAUACUUCCGUCCUCGAAGAAAUACCUCAUCGACAGCGGGUACAGUGCCUCGCAUGCGACUUGGAUACUUUUGGCAGGGUUCGUGGCGGGCUUUGCUGGGAUACAGGUCCUCUCGAGGUUUCUGCACCACUAUAUCCCCUCUCAUGUAGUUGACUGUGACCAUACACACGAAGAGCAACCACAUGGCCACCACUAUAGCCAUAGUAGAGGGCGUUCUCAUGCCAGUCUAGCCGACCGAAGUCGUCACCACUCUCAGGUCCAUGAGACGAACGGGAAAGUGUGCGAAUCAACCUCGCUAUUACACUCGGGGCUAUCGAGCGGGGCUCUCUCUCCGUAUAACGUUGCAGAUGUAGGCGUGGAUGGCACACAUUCCCGUUCUCGGGCGCAGUCUUAUCUUGUAGAUACGCGCAGGUCAUCUAUGGUUGAGGUCCAAAGACGAGUCAUGUCCUUUGUCAAAGACACCAAAACCAACUGCGAUUCUCAAGGUCCAUGUUUCGGCUACUCAGACCCUUGUGGUCAAGAAUGUUUCAAACACCUCUCGACCCGGACCCCGAGCAACACGCGAAAUACCAACUUGCUCCAUAGCAACGGCGGCAACUCUAGCCCGUCCACCCUCCGAAACCUUUCCGGAGGCUCCGACCCCGCCCAUAGCCUUCCCAGAUCACGGUCCAGAACCCAAAGCGUGACCCGCAUAACCCUCGCGCGAUCCUGCUCAACCCUCUCAGAAGCAUGCUCACAGAUGGAAGAAGACUGCUCAUCCUCCACCGUCUCCUCCCCUUCCGACCUCGAAGCUCAGCACCACCACCACGUCCCGGAAAACGCCUUCAUGAGCAUCGGCCUGCAAACUUCAAUUGCCAUCGCGCUGCACAAGGCCCCUGAGGGCUUCAUUACCUACGCCACUAACCACGCCAACCCGUCCCUCGGCUUCUCCGUCUUCAUGGCCCUCUUCGUGCACAACAUCACCGAAGGCUUCGCACUCGCACUCCCCCUCUUCCUAGCACUGAACUCCCGCUUGCGCGCUAUGUUGUGGGCUGCGCUUCUCGGGGGCCUGUCCCAGCCGAUAGGCGCGGGCGUUGCAGUGGCAUGGUUUAAAAUUGCUGGGCGCGAAGGCCACAAGCCCGGGACGGCGGUCUACGGUGUCAUGUUCGCUAUCACGGGCGGCAUCAUGACGAGUGUCGCGCUGCAGCUCUUCGUGGAGAGCUUAAGCAUGAACCAUAAUCGUAACUUGUGCAUUGCGUUCGGGUUCGUUGGGAUGGUGAUUAUGGCGACGAGCAACGCGCUGACAUCGUGA